AUGAGUAAGAAUAUUAAUGAGCUAAGGGAAGCAUUGAAGAAAAAAUCACAAGAAACCUUGAAACUCCAGGAAGAAGCCACCAAGUUCUCUUCAGAAUCCACUGGACGUCGGGAAGGAAAGUCUUCUCCUUUCCUUGCCACAGGGGUUCCCGUGAUGACCAGCCCAAAAUCAUCAUCCAGUUUAAACAAGCACCACAGUACAGUCCUGGAUGCCACCUCCUACGCUAUUCCUAGUUCACACAGUAGUAGUCCUCCGAAGACAGUUUCUUCCAAAUAUGACUCGGAGAUCAGGAGCCCGAAAAAAUCAGUUAGCUUUUCUGGGAAAGACCAGGUGGAGAACAUCCUGGAAGAAUAUGGACAGCAAGUGAGAGACUUGCAGAAGAAACUAAGCGAUAAUACAGAACAACACGAGCAACAGAAAUUCGCUUUACGGCAAUCAAUUAUUGAGCUGCAGACGAGUCUGGAAAACGCGAUGAGAGAUAAAGAAUCCCUUAGUGAAUUAAGACGAAAGGAAUCCCAGUCGCAAGAAGAUCACAACAGCAGGCUGAGGGCCACGGUGGAGGAGUUGCAGGCGGCCAGCCUGCUUCAGGAGGAAAUGAUAAAGGAAUCCAGUAGCCAGAUUGAUUAUCUGAAAAAAUUGGUCCAGGGCCACGAUGAGGUGUUUGAACAGCUCCGCAAUCUUCUCCUGCACUACGAAGGGGGUCCAGACCGGAAGACGUAUGGAUACGAAAGUGUUGCCAGUCUCCGCAUCUCCUACCUGCCCGCUGCUUUCGCCAGGAUUCUCCAGGACUUUGAAACGGAGGUGUUGCGUUUGAAAUCCAAGUUUGUCCCACUGGAAGAGCAAAUGGAUAUGAUGCAGAGAGAAUCACAGUCGAAAACUGAAAUUUUGCUCCAGCAGCAUCAGGACAGUAUUGAGAGGCUGAUCGGUGAACAUGAGCAGGAUUUGGAAGUACUGAGGGAGGCAGCGAAGGCUUCCCACAGCCACGCCAGCAACAUUCAAAGCCAGAUGGAAAUCAUUCAAGAACAAGCCAAAAAUCAGAAAUCUCUGUAUUUGCGCCAGAUCAGUCAGCUGGAAGGCACGAUUUCACAACUGCGCUCUGAGCUACGGGAAGCCAUGAGGAUGUCCCAGGAUAAGAUAGAAGAUCUGGAGAAGCAGCUGCACCUGGUUCACUCUGAGAUGACUGACGCUCAGAUUGAAAGGGAUCAAUACAGCCAAGAAUCUGGAAACUUAGAUGAUGAGGUUCAGCAAUUGUUGGCUGAGCUCCACAAGAAAGACGUGGAGCUGAAUCUGGAAAAGGAGCAGAAUAAGAGGCUCUGGGAUCGAGACACGGGGAGCAGCAUCACCAUAGACAAUCUGCGGAGAGAGCUGGACAACAAAAACAUGGAGUUGCAGCGCUUGGACUCCGUCGUCAGGUCCUUGCAGAUGGAGUGUGAAGGACAAAUUCAGCGUCAGAUGUCUGCAAUUAAAGAGAGGAACGACAGCCUAGAGAGGGAAUCUGCUAUCUUGGCCCAGUUAAAUUCAACCAAAGAUAAGCUCCAUAAAACUGUCCAAGAUCUGAACGAAAGGAAAUUAAGCCUGGAUUCUGCAGAGAGGGUCAUCGCUGAACUGAGAUCCUCCCACCUGGAGAAGGAAAGAGUCAUCGAACGCACCAACGAUGAGAUCGAGAAGCUGCGCGGACGGGUGGAUAGCAAACGGGAGGAGUUCCAGCAACUGAAAAGUGAAAGCGAUCUCUUGCGGAACGUGCAGUCCGACUGCGAGUCCCUGAAGGUGCAGCUGGUGGAGAAGGAGAAGGUGAUUGAGAUCCUCCAGAAGCAAAUCGAGAGCAUGACCGAGAUCGUAAGCCAACAUGGCCGGACAGCUGGCUCCAUGGAGACAGAGAAGUCUCAGCUCAUAAAAGAAGUCGGCGAGAAGAAGGUGGAACUCCAAGAAAUGAAGAAUUUGCAAGAGAAGAAGGACAGCCAGAUUCGCGAACUGGAGGCCAGCCUGAGCGACAUGGAAUUAGAAAAGGUGAAACUGAUGAACGUGUGCUCGGAAAGGCUGCGGAUCCUCAAAGAGAUGAAACUGGAGCGAGAAGAACUUGUGAAUGAAAUCAAAGCCAGCCGCAUUGAGCUCAGCGCCCUCGCAGAGGAAGCAGAAAUCAUCAAGAACGACUACCGAGAGAAGAAUGAAGAGAUGGAAGCCAUUGUGAGCAAACUGAAAAUGCAGCUGAAAUCUGCUCAGAUUGAAUUGGAGCAAACCAGGGCCACUUUGAAGACCAUGGAGGGCUCGGAUGGCCAUGCCAUGAAAGUUGCGAUGGGAAUGCAGAAGCAGAUUACGGCCAAGCGAGGGCAGAUCGAUGCUUUGCAGAGCAAGAUUAAGUUCUUGGAGGAAGCAAUGACGAACGCAACUAAGGAAAAGCAUUACUUGAAAGAAGAGAGGAACCGAUUAAGUCAAGAGCUGGGCUGCAUGGCUGCUUUAAACAACAAAUUGGCUGGAGAGUUGGAAAUCCUAAAGUCCCAGGAUAAGCGUUUGAAAGACAAACUGGUGACGAUGGAAGCUGCUCUAGAUAAAGCGUCUCUACAGUUUGCUGAGUGCCAGUGCAUCAUUCAGCGGCAGGAACAAGAAGUCAUGCGCUACAAACUUCAGCACACUUUAGACGUGAAAGAGCUGCAGGGACCAGGACACACUGUGGGUUCUUCCACCCUGAAGCAGCGCUAUUCAACCUUGCCUCAUUCAUCCAGCGCACCGUCCUGUCAAACCUUUGCAGGCCACAUCUCCCAUAUGCCCUCCAAGCUUAAUUACACCAAGGAGGAUCCGUUGCGAGAUUUGAAACAACUCCUUCAAGAGUUACGAAGUACAAUUGAUGAAAUUCCUUCUGCGAUUCUCCCCAAAGCAGAAAGUGACAGCGAUCCUGACUUGAGCAGUACGCUAGACUUUACUAGCCGAGAAAACAUUGGCAGAAGAACACAUGACCCCUGCAGCAGGGAGGCUGCAGUCAGAGACUUACCUUCAGAGGUGACCAGGGGUCAAGAAGCCUUUAGCAGGGAUGCCUUAAACUUACAUCCUGGGGAUCUCGAAGAUCAAGAAUCGACUUUCCCUUUUACAUCCAGUGUGUCCCAACUCUCCACUCGCUAUACCUCUUCAAAGAAACCCUCCUUUGAGGACCGCUACAAAGAUAGGUCUCCUGUACACUCCUUGCUAACUGCUCCUUUGGAUGACCUUAAGGCAGCUCCUGCACCAUCCUUGGAACGACGGUCCAGUCUAAAAAAGAACUGCUCCCCACCAGAAGCCACAACUACGGCCACCAGUAGAAGUGUUUCUUUCAGCACCUCUACUUUGAUUCAGACGGGGGAAUCCAGAGAAAAUGCUUGCAGGAAAUUACAGAAUAAGAUGGAGAAUCUACAAAACCUUGUGGAAACAAUGCAGUUAAAAAACCAAGCAAUGUCCACCAUGAUCAGAUGUCAGGAAAAGAAAAUAGAGCAAGCCAAGGAAAAAGAGAAGAAGCUCUCCAAAUGA